AUGGUGCCUAAAGUUGGGGUUGGAGUGUUUGUACUCAAUGCCGCGGGCCAGUUCAUACUAGGCAAACGCAAGGGAAGCAUUGGCGCAGAUACAUGGGCCUUAGCAGGAGGUAACCUUGAAUUUGGGGAAUCCUUCCAGACUUGUGCAAAAAGAGAAGUCUUCGAAGAAACAGGUCUUCAGAUCCACAAUUUAAAAUUCUUAACUGCUACGAAUCAUGUUAUGGCCGAUAAACAUUACGUUACUGUGUUUAUGGUAGGUGUCGUUAGUGACCCUAAUACUCAGCCACAGUCUAAGAUUAUGGAGCCAGAAAAAUGUACUGCGUGGGAGUGGAUAACAUGGGAUGAGCUUCGGGCUGAAGGAGAGGCUCAGAUGAGUUCGAGCAAUCACAAAGGGCGAGUCCUCUUUGAGCCUCUUAUAAAUCUAUUUCAACAGCGCCCUGAUCUGAGGGUAUAA